AAGUAAUACGUAUUAUAUACUCUGUGCGUGUAUAUAUAUACUUUGGUUUCUCAUUGAUUUCUUACCUUACCAAAGAAGAAAUAUGGCUAUCCGGUUCUCUUUCUUUUCUAUUUUCUCUCUCCUCAUUGUCUCUGCCGUGAUUGCGGAGACGUUGACCUCAUCGGAAACGGUGGAGGAUCCUUUGAUUAGGCAGGUGGUUGACGAUGGCCGCGGUGAGGCUCAUGUGCUGAGCGCAGAGCACCACUUUUCGCUCUUCAAGAAGAAGUUUGGGAAAUCCUAUGCUUCUCAGGAGGAACAUAACUAUAGGUUCAAGGUGUUUCAGGCUAAUCUGAGACGGGCUGCGCGUCAUCAGAAGCUAGACCCUUCGGCGAGCCACGGCGUCACUCAGUUUUCUGAUUUGACUCCGGCUGAGUUUAAGAAGCAGUUUUUGGGGUUGAGAUCGCUCAGAUUGCCUAAGGACGCACAUCAGGCACCAAUUUUGCCUACUAAUGACUUGCCCGAAGAUUUUGACUGGAGAGAGAAAGGAGCUGUUACUAACGUCAAAAAUCAGGGUUCGUGUGGUUCGUGUUGGAGUUUCAGCACAACCGGAGCCUUGGAAGGUGCUCACUUCCUUUCUACCGGUGAGCUUGUUAGCCUUAGCGAGCAACAGCUUGUGGAUUGUGACCAUGAGUGUGAUCCAGAAGAGGCAGGUUCAUGUGACUCUGGUUGCAAUGGUGGGUUGAUGAAUAGUGCCUUUGAGUACACUCUCAAAGCUGGUGGCCUUAUGCGCGAGGAAGACUAUCCUUACACUGGUACUGAUCGUGGCGCUUGCAAAUUUGAUAAGACCAAGGUUGCAGCUACAGUGGCCAACUUCAGCGUUAUAUCCCUUGAUGAAGAUCAAAUUGCUGCAAAUCUUGUGAAAAAUGGUCCUCUUGCAGUUGCUAUCAACGCUGUGUACAUGCAAACAUAUAUUGGAGGAGUCUCAUGUCCUUAUAUUUGCUCAAAGAGGCUUGAUCAUGGAGUGUUGUUGGUUGGAUAUGGUUCGGCUGGCUAUGCUCCUAUCCGAUUGAAGGAGAAGCCAUACUGGAUUAUCAAGAACUCCUGGGGAGAAACUUGGGGAGAGAGCGGAUAUUACAAAAUCUGCAGGGGUCGCAAUGUUUGUGGAGUAGACUCCAUGGUGUCAACUGUUGCUGCAGUUCAAACCUCCUCACAGUAGGCUGGUGCAUCCAGCGAUGUUAUGUAUGCUGGAUCUUCUGUAUAUAAGUAUGUUAUAAUAUUAUGUCAGCUUUGAUAAUUCGAACUGUUUAUCUGUCAUAUGUCCACCCAAAGCAUUGGAUUGGAAUUUCCUGGAAAUUCCUCUUCUUGGGGUUGUCAGAACAACCGACUGUUGGAUUGUCAGAUUGAAAUUGCUUGGAAAUUUCCUAUAAUCUGGUUAGUCAGUACAACUGAAUUUAUCUUAGUUGUCUUA